AUGUCCAAGGAAAAUGAAACAAUUUUAAAAGUCCUUCUCACAAUAGACAAAUACAAGGGGAACCUCGACAAUUUCAGAAAAGCUGUAACUGACGGUGACUACACAUUUAUACAGCAACCACGACUAUUUCUGCGGCUUUUGCUAUGGAAGACUUGUUUAAUUACAGGUUCAUUGAAGAUCUCGACGUGGUCGGAUAAACUCAAUGAUUCGCGAAUAGUGUUCCAUCAACUCAUCACGCGAGAUGACAUGAGAAUACCGUGGCACAGUCUAGAUCAAGAUAGUGCUUAUUACCAGCUGCGGGAAACCACAAGGAAAUCCAGUAUCAACCAUAAACUGGCGCUACGUGGAACCAAGUCUUUAAAGAGAAAGACUCAUUGUGUGCAUGUCACGGAAGAUCCAUUAUCUGAAACCACCACCACCGGUGAUGGUAGUGACAACAAAACUGUGCCACAGGAAACUAGUGAUCUAGAGUUGCUAGAAUGCAUAAUCUUAGAUAUAGAGAGGCUCUUUCCAGGCGAGCCGUUUUUCCAUGACUUGAAUAACCCAAACACCGUCCACAUAAGGAGGCAAUUGAUUGAGAUUCUUUUCGUGUGGUCGAAAUGCAACCCGGAAAUUGGAUAUAAGCAAGGUCUUCACGAAAUCUUGGGGUUGAUUUACUGGAAUCUUUACAAGGAGUCGAUAAAUUACGACGUCAACGCCGCAACUUCGCUCACGAAGGAAGAACAGGCAAUAGUGAACUUGUACAACAAAAACUUUCUAUGCCACGAUAUGUUUGUUGUGUUCAACAAGUUUGUCCUUGCGAGCGGCAUAGCUACGAAUUUUUACGAAUCCGAGACCCGGCUCUCGAAGCUGUUUGACAAGUUCAACAUCUACUUGAUGAAAGUCGACCAGUUCAUCCACUACACGCUAACUACCAAGCUCAAUCUCGAGUCGCAGUUGUGGAUCAUCAAAUUCUUGAGACUCGUGCUCUUGCGUGAGCUCGGGAACGACUUGGAAACAACCAAUUUCGUCUGGGAUAAGCUUAUAGCCACCCAAUCGCAUCACAAGAACACGAGUGCUGAACUAUCGAGCUUGAUUGAGAUUCUUUACUUUAUGAUUAUCCAACUUUUGAUUCAACAAAAAGUCGAUAUCGUCACUUCUGAUUUCAGCGAUUGUCUUUCUUUGUUGUUACAUUAUCCGAUCCCAAAGUUUGCAUCUCCAACACAGCGAGAAGCAUUUGUCAAUAAUCUCUAUCACGAUGCUACUAAGCUCUACGCUAGAAGGAAAGAUGAUUUGAAAUUGUACGAGUACGGAAUGAAACUCAAUAACAAGUACAACCCGGGAUUGAAAAUCGGGCUCAGUUACCAUAAGAAUGGCAGCAACUUGAGCGUUUCGAGUACUCCCAGGUCUAGUAUCGAGUCACUCAACUCAGUAAAAAAUCUCCUGCUUACCCCUGCCAAGGAUCCUAGCCAGGAACGGGCAGAAAAGAUGAAGUUUGAGAAAAUGAGGAUGGAAAUGAGGCUAAAGAAGAAAGCUCAGCUGAUGGUGAAUUCAUCGGGUUGA